AUGACCCUCGGCGACGACUCUCCAGACACCACCUCGAUCCAGCUCCUCAGUGGAUCCCUCACCGACUUUCUUCAGUACUCACAUAAAGAGGCGUCAAAAUGGCUGCUCGACAUUGCACACGACAUUUGCGAUCCCGUCCGUCGCAGGGGUUCAUUAGAAAAACAGAUGGGGCCGCAGCACUGGCUUGCAGUUGUCGACACAGAUCCCCUCACUGCGUCGGUCUAUCGCUACCAUCUUCAUACGGGAGUGACGGUUGGUCUUGGAAAAAUCAGUCACCGUGAAGGAAGGUCUCACACCAGCACAACUGGAAAUGCAACGACAAUGGCUAAUGAUAUCAGGCAGCGUGAUGGUGAAAGGUGCUGGGUGACAGGAGCAACCGGUUCACUGACCAACAGCCAUAUUUGCCCGAAGCGCAUGGGGGACUAUACGGCCAGAAUUAUCUUUCAAACAUUCACAGGCAAUAACCCUUCUCCCGAUCUCACUAUUUUUCAUGAGAUUUUUGGCUUGAGUCUGCUAAGUUAUCUGGACACUUUAUUUGACGUCUAUCAGUUGGGCUUUCAUUACAUUGCUCCACAAAUCUAUGAGUGCCAUGUGUUUGCUAAUUCAGAUGAUGAAGAUUAUACUCUAUUUGCAACAUUUCGAAGAGGAUGCAACAACUUCAACCAGCCUCUCCUCCAUGGGCGACAUGUAGGCCCUCCUAAUCCCCUCCACAACAAUAAUCCCCCAGCAGGUCUUUUUCGCUGGCACUACCUACAACAAUUAUUUGCGUCAGCUGGUCGAAAUGCAUUGACUUGUGUGGAGUUGGUGGUGGCUUUGCAAGUCACGAGCCCAGCGCUGCUGGCGUCGUCAGCAAGGCUGUGGGUACUGGAGCUGCUACUGGUUUAA